CCGGUGUUUUGGCAACACUAUAAAGGUACAUUUAGUCGAUAUUAUUAAAGUUUCUGAAGAGAAGUAUAAAAGCGAAUGGAUUCUUGAAAAAACAGUUACUAAUAAUUUUGUAAAUAUGAUAGUAACUUACGAACUAUUACUCCUUCUACGGACUAUGCCCAAGCCAGAGUUAAAAAAUGUGUUGAAGAGAACAGCAAACGCAAUUUUAGAGAAAAAUGGUGUUAUCAGGAAACUGGAAAAUUUGGGAACUCGAGAUAUGCCCUAUAAAACAAGCGCUCAUGGUGUAGCUUACAACAGAGCAAGUUAUUUCAUGUUUGAAUUCAACGUUCCUCCUACAAGAAUAGAUCAACUCUUGGAUGAAUAUAGUAGAGAUAUCGAUGUGAUUAGGAGAAGAAUUUAUAAAAAGACAGAACAGGAACCUUUUGAAUGUACUUUGGAAGAUGAACUGAAGCCUCCGCCAUAUCGAGCUGAUGUCCAAGAACUGCUAAAAAUAGCCAAAAAAUCUGAAAAACCCAAAUUCAGUUAUAACACUGGACUAGAUUAUUAUCCUUUCCAAAAAUAAAAUGAAGUAAAUUAGUUUAUUAGAAUAGA